AAAAUUAUGCAAAAGCACUAGCUUUAAAGUCAAUUAGUAAACCUUAUAAAUAUCGAUUAGAGAAGUCAUGGAUAACUUUUAAGAAUUUUGCUGAAUCUGUAAAGCAGAAGUAUUGUCCAGUAUCUGUACAGCUAGUAAUGGCAUUUAUAGCAUGGAUGGAAUUGUCUAAUUGUUCAUCUGAACUAGCAGAUUGCUUAAGGGCAAUAUCGAAAGUUCAUGUAUUAAAAAAUUUGUUAAGUCCGGUAGAAAAUAAGGCAGUUAAAUGUACAGUUGAAG